AUGGCGUCCUUCUUCCAAACCCCCUCCCUAGUCUACACGUCCGCCAUAGCUCUCCGCGCCAUCCUCCUCAUCUACGGCGCCUGGCAAGACGCCAACUCCGCCGUCAAGUACACCGACAUCGACUACCUCGUCUUCACCGACGCAGCCCGCUACGUCUCGCACGGCGCCUCGCCCUACGAACGAGACACUUACCGCUACACGCCUCUCCUAGCAUGGCUGCUCCUCCCGACCUCCUGGUCGGGCCCAUCUUUCCUCUUCUCCUUUGGAAAAGCCCUCUUCGCCCUCUCCGACGUCCUCGCCGGAUGGCUCAUCGCCAGAUCCCUCGUUUCCGCGUACGGAAUGGAUGCCCCCCGCGCCCUGAAGUACGCUAGCUUCUGGCUACUCAACCCCAUGGUCGCGAACAUUAGCACUCGAGGGUCCUCGGAAGGACUGCUCGGCGUGCUGGUGAUCGCCCUGCUGUGGGCUGUUCUCCGCAGGAGGGUCGUUCUUGCAGGUGUGCUGCUGGGUUUGAGUGUGCAUUUCAAGAUUUAUCCGUUUAUCUACGGGGUGUCGAUUCUUUGGUGGCUGGAUCGGGAACGUGAUGGCAGCAGCAGCAGCACAUCUAAGAACAAUGCUGGCGAUGCCAGUAUCAUCACCAAGAUGAUCAACUUCAUCACUCCCUCCCGCAUCAUCCUCACCCUCUCCUCCCUCAUUACCUUCUCCCUCCUGAACCUCCUCAUGUAUCACCUCUACGAUACCCCCUUCCUGCAACACACCUUCCUCCAUCAUCUUACUCGCAUCGACCACCGCCAUAACUUCUCGCCUUACAGUACCCUCCUCUAUCUCUCUGCUGCGGGCGAGGUGCAAGGGAAUUUUGAGUCGUUGGCGUUCAUCCCGCAGUUACUCCUCUCUGUUGUGGUCAUUCCGCUUGUGCUGGCGAAGAAGAGUUUGCCCGGGGCGAUGCUUGCGCAGACGUUUGCGUUUGUGACGUUUAAUAAGGUUUGUACGAGUCAGUAUUUUCUGUGGUACCUUAUCUUCCUACCAUUCUAUCUACCCCGUUCUUCGAUGCUAAAAGCUCCGCGGUUUGGGGGAGCAGUUGCGGCGGCGUGGGUUGUUGGGCAGAUAUGUUCAAGUAUGGGAUUGGGGUUGAGUACAGUGGAAUACUCCUUAAGACUAUGUCAAGGUUACAAGAUGGGUUUUAGAGAAAAAUAUGUUUAUCAAGCAGAAGUCAUAUUGUUCAAGUGGUCCUCAAUGGAUGUUUGCCACCUCAACACUUAA